UCGGGGUGGACGGGUCGCACGCGAAAAAAACCAUACUUAGGGAUCGGCCCCAAACGACUUUUGAGCGCGCCCGUGAAAUCAGAAGCCCUAAGCCGCUUUUCAGGCUCACCACAUUCUAGAAGGUUCCAACAAAACACCACGCUGUAGAGUAGACCACACGAAGUCUCGGGAUGGCGCCGCCAGGAGGCGCGAUUCGCGGCGGUGCUUCGUCGCGAGGAAAGCGACGCGAGUAUAAAGCAGUCAUGAAGGUCAGUGAAGGGCGCAAGCCGGUGUUCGGUGGCUGCUUCAACACCAUCGACCCUCGCUACCUUGACAUGUUCGCCAGUGUGUCAGGCAACAGGGUAUCAGUGUACAAGUGCGAGCCUGGGGGUGCAACCAGCGUCGUGCAAUUAUUCCUGGAUGAAAAUAAGGAGGAGUCUUUCUACACAGUGGCAUGGAUGAGGGGGCAGCACGGGCGGCCUCUGUUGGCAGCUAGUGGCAGCAGCGGGGUCAUUCGGAUCAUUGACUGCUGGAGGGAGAGGGUUGUUCAUAGUUUCAUUGGCCACGGAGGGUCGGUGAACGAGGUGCGGGUGCACCCCUCGCACCCCGCCCUGCUGCUGUCAGCUGGCAAGGAUGAGUCGCUGCGCCUGUGGAACACCGAGACGGGCGUGUGCGUCGCAAUCAUGAGUGGCACGGACGGGCAUCGGAAUGAAGUCCUCAGUGCGGACUUUCAUCCGGGUGAUGAGGCCAUAAUUGCGAGCUGUGGCAUGGACAGCAGCAUCCGAGUGUGGAGCCUCAGAGAGUGCUGGCAUGUGGUGGACCAAUCCGGCUCAUGGACAGAUCUACCGUCCAAGUUCCCCACCAAGCUUCUACAGUACCCCCUGUAUGUGGUGUGUGACGUGCACACCAACUACAUUGACUGCCUGCGGUGGUAUGGCGACUUCAUACUCACUAAGAGUGUGGACAACGAGGUCAUCUUAUGGCGGUGGUGCCACAAACCCGCCACUGAACCUGGCUCCACCCACCCUGCUGAUGGCACAUUGGACAUUCUGCAGCGCUACCCGGUGCCAGAGUGUGGUUUCUGGUUCAUCAAGUUUGAUCUCGACUUAACGGCCAACAUCAUGGCGAUAGGCAAUUGUGUGGGCAAGGUGUAUGUGUACGACCUGCAAUCGAGCCCUCCCAUUCUACUUAGCACGCUCUCACGGAAGGACUGUAAGACGCAAAUCAGACAAACAGCAGUGUCACAUGAUGGCAGGAUAAUAAUGAGCUGUGAUGACGAUGGUUGGUUGUGGCGAUGGGAUUUGGUCACCACCCAUGACUAGAGGUGCUCCGCAUUGAUUUGAUACGCUUCCUGCCGUUCUUAUAUAAAUAUGGAUAUAUGCAAAGGCACAAUGUAUAUGCUUGUUAGGUGAAUGCAA